UUUUUUUUUUCAUUCUUUUUCCCAUUACUUGCUCAAUUAAACCCCAACAUUCACCUCCUGUUCAAGUCUAGCCAUGGUCCUCGCAAACAAGCUCCACGCAUGGAAGGCACUCCAAGCUCACUACGACCAGCAUGCUGCCAAUAUCAUUAUCAAGGACGAGUUCGCUAAAAACCCAGCUCGGUUUGAGCAGUUCUCGCGUCUUUUCCAAGGCCCAACUACAAAGUCCUCUAUCUUGGUCGACUUUUCCAAGAACAUCAUCACAGAAGAGACCUUUAAACACCUUAUUGAUCUGGCCAAGGAGGCUGGCGUUGAGGAAAUGCGCAAGAAGAUGUUUUCGGGAGAGCCUAUCAACUUUACUGAGAACCGCUCUGUUCUUCAUGUUGCCUUGCGCAACGUGUCCAACACACCCAUCUAUUCUGAGGGCAAAGACGUGAUGCCAGAAGUCAAUGCUGUGCUUGAGCACAUCCGUUCCUUCACAGAGUCUGUCCGCUCGGGUGAGUGGAAAGGAUACACUGGUGAGCGGAUCCAGGAUGUGGUCAAUAUUGGUAUUGGCGGAUCAGACCUUGGACCAGUCAUGGUCACGGAAGCUCUCAAACCAUACGCGACUCAAGGCGGAUUGAGGGUCCAUUUUGUCUCCAACAUUGAUGGUACUCACAUUGCUGAGGUCUUCAAGAAAGUCAAGCCUGAAAAUACACUCUUCAUCGUCGCCUCCAAGACUUUUACCACUCAGGAAACCAUUACUAACGCUACUACCGCUAAGAACUGGUUCUUGAAGCAUGGUACAGAGGCUGAUGUUGCUAAGCAUUUUGUCGCUCUCUCCACCAAUACAGAGGCUGUCAGCAAGUUUGGGAUUGACCCCGCAAACAUGUUCCAGUUCUGGGACUGGGUCGGUGGCCGUUACUCUCUCUGGUCUGCUAUUGGUCUUUCAAUCGCUCUCUACAUUGGAUUUGACAACUUCAAGGAGCUUUUGACAGGAGCACACGAAAUGGAUCAACACUUUGUCAAUACUCCUCUUGAGAACAACCUCCCUGUCAUUCUAGGUGUCCUCGGAAUCUGGUACAUUAACUUCUUUGAUGCCCAAGUCCAUGCUAUUCUACCCUAUGAUCAAUAUAUGCAUCGCUUCCCUGCCUAUUUCCAGCAAGGAGACAUGGAAUCUAAUGGCAAGUACAGAAACAGAGAUGGCGAGGCGGUCCCUUACGGUACUGGUCCAUGGGUUGUAGGCGAGCCUGGAACGAAUGGCCAGCAUGCUUUCUAUCAAUUGAUUCACCAAGGAACUCGCAUUACUCCUUGCGAUUUUUUGGCUCCUGUUGAGACUCAUAAUCCCCUGUCCGGUCAUCAUGAUAUUUUGCUUUCCAACUUUUUCGCCCAGACUGAGGCAUUAAUGGCUGGUAAAGACGAGAAGACCGUACUUGAGGAGCUGCAGCAAGACAAAUCACUCGCAGCUGAAAAGAUUGAACGGAUUGCACCCCAUAAGGUGUUCAAAGGUAACAAGCCCACCAACUCGAUCUUGUUCCAGAAGUUGACGCCUGGCACACUGGGUGGCCUGAUUGCUCUUUAUGAACACAAAAUAUUUGUCCAAGGUGUGAUCUGGGACAUCAACUCAUUUGACCAGUGGGGUGUUGAGCUUGGCAAGCAAUUGGCCAAGAAGAUUCUGCCCGAGUUGACGACGUCUGGCGAAGUACGCUCGCAUGAUGCUUCGACCAAUGGCCUCAUUAACUUUUAUAAGCAGCACAAAAAGAAUUGACUGGAUGAAUUAAAGGCACUCCUGUAGAAAAG